GAUAAUGGCCUAUCUAAUAGUAUCGUUUUUUGUGGUUUUAUUAUCUCUAUGUUACUAUUUAUUUACAAGGAAAUAUAGCUAUUGGAAGAAGCUAAAUGUGCCUCAUCUCGAGCCGACCACAUUUUUCGGGAAUUACAAAGAUUACCUCACCUUGAAAACAUAUUUGCCGCAAGUAGUGAGCGAUGUCUGUAAAAAAUUCCCAAAUGAACCGUACGUUGGUGCGUAUUUCGGGACGGAGCCCGUCCUCAUCGUUAAGGACCCUGAAUACCUCAAACUAGUAAUGACGAAGGACUUCUACUACUUCAAUAGUAGGGAAGUCAAAGACUACAACGACUACGAAGUAAUUACACAGAACAUAUUUUUCAUCAACGGGGAUAGAAUUCUCGAAAAAUUAUUGGACGAGGCCAGUACUGCACCUAGCACUGAAGCCAGAUUGAUGAUGUCCAGAUUCACAAUAGACUGCAUUGGAUCUUGCGCUUUUGGGCUGAAUACGAAAUGUUUAUCAGAUUCUGAAUAUAAGAACCCAUUCCUUCAAAUUGGACAAAAGAUUUUCGAGAUGAAUUCUUCGCAAAGCUACUGUUGA